AUGUAUUGUGAAAAUGAUCCUCCAUUAUUUGAUGAAAAUGUUUCCAUCGCAAUGCAACGAGCACUUUAUGAAUUUCAAUCAACAUACGAUGUAUUACAUCCAUAUAUUUGCCUCUUAAUUUGUCCAACGGGAAUUUUCGCAAAUAUAAUUCAUAUUUUGGUACUAACUAGACCAAGCAUGUUACGAUCAGCAGUUAAUUGUGUAUUGGUUGUUAUUGCUGUAUGUGAUAUAAUUACGAUGAGCUCAUAUCUCCUCUAUAUUAUCAAAUUUAAAUUUUUUGUGCCAACGUCAGGAAUGGGAGUGAGCUAUAUAUGGGUAGUAAUUCUUAAAAUUCACGCCGUAACAUCGAUAGCACUUCACGGAAUAACAUUGUAUUGUUGCGUAACAUUGGCCAUUAUCCGAUGGAGUGCUUUGGCACAAUCUAGAAAUUCAUUUUUUCAGCCUAUUACCACAUGGUUUGCUUGA